AGCACUGGUAUGCACCCACUGCUAGAGCUGUUUUGGUCAGAGCCCUUCUCUUUACCUCACUCUGUUGUGGCAGGCAAGUUCAAGGUGUCCUGGCAGCAGGAAGCUCCUUUGCUCCACCCUCUGCCUUGCACACUGGCUCUCUGAGCUUAUUGAGGAUUUGCUGAACCAGAGCUGCCAGCGACAGAGACCUGAUCUGUGUGGCUGCUUAGGUGGGAGCUGCACCCUCAGCAUGAAGCGCUUCUCCCGCAAGCCCUGGGCAGCCUUUGCAGCGCUCUUCUUCACCAGUGUGCUCCGGUUUUCCUGCUCAGCAGAAGCUGAAGAUGGUUCCAAUGUUUCAAGCUCUAUGCUCACAACUGAGUACGAAGCACCAUGUCUUAAUGUGAACUUCUGCCCACAAGCAGCUGUGUGCUGCCCGACAAGCGUGGAUGAUUAUGGGUGGAUCGCAGCGGCUGUCGGCUGGAGCCUCUGGUUUCUGACCCUCAUCCUGCUCUGUGUGGACAAGAUCACGAAACUCCGCCCUGAUGAACCAAAAUACUUGGUGGCCUGAAGCAGGACAAACCAGCAAACAGCAGCACUAGGGAGCAGGGAGGUGCAGACAGACUGACAAAGCUUUUCAGUCACUUCAAAAAACCUCCAGC